GUUGCGAGCAUGCUCGUGAGCCGCCCUACAAUCGACGAAUAUGCACUGCAAGCCUAGCAUGCUCGCGCACAUGUUCGUAGCAAUGUAACACCGACCUUAGCACAGUAAUCGAAAAAGUCGAUGAAUCUCUACCUAAUUGGUUUUCCAUGUGCUAAUCUCUAAAUGUUUUUAUUGAUACUUUAUUAAAUAUCAUUGCGAAACUUAUAAACACAUACAUUCCUAGUUUUUCAUCUUAUUUAACAUUAUUUUAUCCGGCUAUGGAAUCGUUGCGAAACAUGUGUCGAGUUUGUUUGAGAGUGGAGGACUCAGUGCCGCUAUUAAAUUGGAAUCUUCCUGUAGAAGAUAUAAAUGAGAAGUUGUCGUAUGCAGAAUGCUUCCAGCUCUGUACCCAGUUGAAUUUACUUUUAAACAAGGAAUUUGAAAUGAAUGGUCCGUCCUUGAGAAUAUAUGAACAUUUUUGUUAUAGCUGUGCUGCAAAACUCAAAGAAGCAUAUGAGUUUAUAAGAAAGGCUCAAGAGGCUGAUACUACACUGCGUAUGAAUUACUGGAAAGUAGAUUCCGGAGAUGAUAAAAAGUUAUUUGAAUGGGUAGGAGUUGGAAAAGACUCUCUGUCAAUCGAUAUUAAGGAAAGAGAAAGUGAUGAAGAACCACUUACUCUUGAAAGUAACACUCACAUGGAUGAAAACUCAACCCCGCAGGAUUUUAUUAUGAAAGCCAGCGAAGAAAGUUCAAUAAAAUCCGAAAUUUUAAAGUCGUCGAAACCAACCACAAGAAAAAAAUCG